CAGAGGAGAGGAAAUGGAUCCUCUUCGGUAAUUGUUCGGGACAAUUGCUUGACGUGUCCCGCAAGUGUAAAUCUCACGAUGAUUAUUCUGUAUCGUGAGAAAAAUAUGAAUUGUUCGCAAGUGUAGAUCUCACAAUGAUUAUUCUGUAUCGUGAGAAAAAUAUGAAUUAUUUUGGGACAGCAAUCGGAGAGGCUCCCAUCCAUUAACCUAAACAAAACCUACCAGUUUCUCUUGUAAUUUCCGGCACUAGUGGUUACAACAACCUGAACUGCCACAGUAGCUAGUAAAAAGGUCAAAAGAAAGGGAAAAAUCUUAGACUAAAACAGAAUCAUAAGGCCGUCCGUCCAACUAGCCAAUAAGGAGCUGGCGUUAACCCCACACACGCCCCCCCACUCCGGUCAGAUGCACGGCCGACUUCCCUCCCUUCCCUUUCCCACUUCCCUCACCCACCUUUCAUUCCGAUGUUUUCCCCCUUCCCUCUCUCUCUCUCCUCCCGUUCUCUCUCUCUCCACCUCCGGCCUUCCCCUAUCCCCCACCAACCAAAUCCAUGAAUUCUUGAUAACUCUACUGUUCGGCCGAGCUCACGCACACCUCCGCUAAUCGUGACGUCCAAUUCCACCGUUCGUUAACGGGGCCAAUUGAAGUCAGAUCAAAGCUCCCGUCCACCCAAGACCCAUGAGUAACAACACUUCGCGGCCCCACCCGGGCGGCGGCCGGGAGGACUGCUGGAGCGAAGGCGCCACCGAGACCCUGGUUGAAGCCUGGGGGGACCGUUACUUGGAGCUCAACCGCGGCAACCUCCGUCAGAAAGACUGGAUGGAAGUCGCCGACGCCGUCAACGCCCGGUCGAACGGCGUCAAGCCCCGCCGCACCGACGUCCAGUGCAAGAACCGCGUCGAUACUAUCAAGAAGAAGUACAAGCUCGAGAAGUCCAAGCUGCCCGUUCCCUCCAAGUGGCGUUUCUACUCCCGCCUCGAUCACCUCGUCGGUCCCACCGCCGCCUCCGCCUCCGCCGCCGCCGCGCCGUCGAAGAAGAAAACCCCGGCCCCUUCGGCGGCGAUUCAGAAGCCUGCGUCCACAAUUACCUUGAGUCUCAAAUCAAGAACCAAACCAACUCCUAACCCUAACCCUAAUGCUGGUCACCCGGUUGUGGUUUACUCUGGAGGAUCUUCGAGGUUGAAUUCGAGUGGAUCUAACGAGAGCUCGCUCGGCGGUGACCGGAGGGAGAGGAGAGUGGAGGAUGCGGAUUUAUCAGAGGACGGGGCGUACAAGGAGUUGGCGAGGGCGAUACUGAGGUUUGGGGAGGUGUACGAGAGGAUCGAGAGCUCGAAGCAGGAGCAGAUGAUGGAAUUGGAGAAGCAGAGGAUGGAGUUCACUAAGGAACUUGAGUUCCAGAGGAUGAAUAUGUUUAUGGAAGCUCAACUUGAGCUUGAGAAGGUGAAGAGGGCUAAGAAUUACGCUCCUGGUUCAGGGAAAAAACUAUAGCUGUGGAGGCAUGAAAACUCUCCUCUGGCAGGGAAGCAGAUUUGAUGGUUGCGCUGGGAGCAUCAGUGGAGUUCCCCUAGUGCAAAACCCUGUUAUAUUUGUCUGCAGAUUACAAGUUGAAGCGUGUCUAGAUCAUAUGACUGUACUAAUGUCAAUUAUCUUAUGUUUGUUGUACAUGUUAGUCUAUUCUAUGGAUGCGCCAACAUGUUCGUCUAUGCUAUGGAUUCUGGCGCAUAUUUAAUUUUUCUCAGCUGUAUAAUAUAUGAUUUCUUCUGGGAGGUUAUUCUGAUUGCUAAUUUCAGCGACGACUUCAAGAUAUUUUUACUUAA